AUGGCCGGAAGGAAUGAUGUUGCAAUUGUUGCUGCUUUGGAGGCUAUGGCUCAUGCUUUAGAGAAUCAACCGAACGCUGAUGAGAAUGCUGGAUCUCGUAGUUUGGCGACUUUCCAGAGGGAGAAUCCGCAUACCUUCAAGGUCACCUAUGAUCCUGAUGGCGCGUUGACAUGGUUGAAGGAGAUUGAGAGAAUCUUCCGUGUGAUGGAUUGCACUCAAGCACAGAAGGUUCGAUAUGGAACUCAUAUGCUGGUAGUCGAGGGCGAUGACUGGUGGUUAGAUACUCGUCAGAGAUUGGAGACUGCAGGUGAGGAGAUCACUUGGGUCGUAUUCCAUAGGGAGUUUAUGAGGAAGUAUUAUCCUGAAGAUGUUCGAGGGAAGAAGGAAAUUGAAUUUCUCGAGCUGAAGCAGUGA